GAGGUGUUCAGGUUUCUAGGAGGUUUCUACCCUCUCGUCAACAUGAUGGGCCCACCAGGAAUACCGCCUCAUUACUCUCCCAUUGGAAUGCCCCCGAUGGGACAGAGACCGCCCAGCAUGACUCCGAUGCCUCCUGGUAUAAUUCCCCCUGGUGUAAUGCCACCAAUGGGUGCACCGCCAAUGGGACAGAUGCCAGGCAUGAUGCCACCUAUGAUGCCAGGGAUGAUGAUGCCUCCUCACAUGCCAGCUGCGGCUGUACAACCAACAGGACCGCCUGGUGUUGACUCCAUUGCAGCUGCGCCUGAAACAGCUAUUGACACAAAUGGAUCUCCACAGGACGAACAACCAAAGAAGAAGUCCCUGUGGACAGAACACAAAUCAUUGGAUGGGAAGACCUAUUUUUACAAUACAGAGACCAAGCAGUCCACAUGGGAGAAACCAGAGGAUCUCAAAUCUCCUGCAGAGCAAAUGCUGUCCAAAUGCCCUUGGAAGGAGUACAAGUCAGACACAGGGAAGCCUUAUUAUUACAACUCUCAGACGAAGGAGUCCAGAUGGACGAAACCCAAAGAUCUGGAGGAUCUGGAAGCAAUGAUCAAAGCAGAGGAGAAUGGGACGGCGGAGGCGAUGGCUCCUGGCACUACAGCAGCUCCUGCAAUGCAAGCAGAUAAUACAGCCUCUAUGGUAACCGUUAUGGAGGCGGAAACUGCAAUGGCAGUCCCAGAGGAACACCUGUCUCAGGUGGCUCUGCAUCACACAGACGAGGUCAAGACUGCGGAUGCACCUGUGGCUUCCUCAGAGAGCUCAGCCGUCACAGAGGCCACAGCCAGUAUUGAAGUCACAAAAGAAGAGCGGCCAGAACUUCAGAAGAAAACAUACAAAUGGAACACAAAAGAGGAAGCCAAGCAGGCCUUCAAAGAGCUGCUGAAGGAGAAGGGUGUGUCCUCAAACUCUUCCUGGGAACAGGCUAUGAAAAUGAUUAUCAAUGAUCCUCGCUACAGUGCCCUUCCCAAACUGAGUGAGAAGAAACAGGCGUUCAAUGCCUACAAAGUCCAAACGGAGAAGGAAGAAAAAGAGGAGACCAGAAUCAAAUACAAGGAGUCCAAAGAGACCUUUCAGAGGUUCCUGGAGAACCACGAGAAGAUGACUUCUACCACGAGAUACAAGAAAGCAGAACAGAUGUUUAAUGAGCAUGAGGUGUGGAGCUGUGUGCCAGAGCGGGACAGGCUGGAGAUCUAUGAAGAUGUUUUGUUCUACCUCGCGAAGAAAGAGAAGGAGCAAGCCAAGCAGCUGAGGAAGAGGAACUGGGAAGCUCUGAAGAACAUUUUGGACAACAUGGCCAACGUCACGUACCGCACCACCUGGUCUGAGGCCCAGCAGUACCUGCUGGACAACCCGACCUUUGCAGAGGAUGAGGAGCUGCAAAAUAUGGACAAAGAGGAUGCCCUCAUUUGUUUUGAAGAGCACAUCCGAGCUCUGGAGAAGGAGGAAGAGGAGGAGAAACAGAAGACUCUUCUCAGAGAGAGGAGACGGCAGCGCAAGAACAGAGAGGCCUUCCAGAAAUUUCUGGACGAGCUCCACGACCACGGUCAGCUUCACUCCAUGUCGGCCUGGAUGGAGAUGUACCCGACCCUGAGCUCAGACAUCCGCUUCGCCAACAUGCUGGGCCAGUCGGGAUCCACUCCCUUGGAUCUGUUCAAGUUCUAUGUAGAAGACCUGAAGGCCCGCUACCACGAUGAGAAGAGGAUCAUCAAAGAUAUUCUCAAGGACAAAGGCUUUCUGGUGGAGGUCAACACUAGCUAUGAUGACUUUGGAUCCGUCAUCAGCUCGGACAAGAGAGCCACCACACUGGACGCAGGAAACAUUAAGCUGGCAUUCAACAGCCUACUGGAGAAGGCCGAAGCCAGAGAGAGAGAGCGAGAGAAGGAGGAGGCCAGGAAAAUGAAAAGGAAAGAAGCGGCCUUUAAAAACAUGCUGAAGCUGGCCACGCCCACACUGGAGCCAGAGACUGCAUGGGAGGGGAUCAGAGAUCGGUUCUUAAAAGAAUCUGCCUUUGAAGACGUGACUCUGGAGUCGGAGAGGAAGAGGAUAUUCAAAGAAUUCAUGCAUGUCUUGGAGCAUGAAUGCCAACACCACCACUCCAAGACAAAGAAGCACUCGAAGAAGUCCAAGAAGCACCACAGGAAGCGGUCCCGCUCUCGAUCGGGCUCCGAGUCCGAGGACGACGAAUACCACAAGAAGAAAAAGAGGUCGCAAUCCAAAUCUCCCUCUGAGCGCUCAUCCAGCGGAGAAUCUGAGAGAAGCUAUAAAAAAUCCAAGAAGCACAAGAAGAAGGGCAAGAAGAGACGCCACAAGUCUGCAUCGCCAGACACCGACAAUGAGAAGAAAGGAAGAGAGCGCGAUGGAAAGCGUGAAAAGGACUUAGAGAAAGAUAAAGAGAACGACAAGUCUCGGGCCAAACCUCGCUCCGACCCGAAACAGAAGUCUCCUAAAAGAAAACCUGCAAAAGAGGAGGGCGGCUGGGAUACAUCAGGCAGUGAGCUGAGUGAAGGAGAGCUGGAGAAGAGGAGAAGAACUUUACUGGAACAGCUGGAUGCACCUUGAGACUCCCUCCCGCUGCUCUUUGAUUGUAUUUCACUUCUACAAACAUGCAUUCCCCUCCCGCUCAUCUGACUGUCCUGGGCACACCACCCUGGACGGUGUGGCGAUCCGCUCUCUGGUAUUCAUGGGAAUGUGCGACAUUGAGCUUACACACUUAUUUGGUGACUAAUUUGAUAUCAGAAAACUGAUCAGCCGAUCAACCUUUAAAUAUCAGGUUGUCUUUUUGUUGCUUUUGUUAGUAUUUUUUAGUUGACUAGCUGUACAUGUUUUCCAUUGCCAAUCAUUUUUAUAUUCAAUUAAAAGUAUAUCUUAAAUGUCACACUGACGUCUUUCACCUGAGAAGUAGCGCUUUCUUUUAGGUUUAAGGACGGCAUACAGCAGCUUUCAUUUUCUCUGGAUAUGUUCAGAGGAAAUGAAAGAAUGUUUUGGAUUUGGUCUAACUUAACUGUAUUCUCUAAUGAUCCAACAAGGUUUUAAUUUGAGCAUCUGUUUAAAUUGACAUACUGUCGUGAACUGUAAUAAAAUGUUUCAAUGGACAA